ACACCGAACACAUACUCAUCGUUGAUGCGCUGAUGAUACAUUCAGCGUAUGUAGCCCAUGCGCAAUGGACUAUAUGAGCAUGUCUUGUGUUGUUAUUAUUUUGAACUAUGAUGGCUGAAACCAUAUUCUAAACAAUAUACAGUCUUCGAGACGAUGAUUUGGCUCUUCUGCUGGGAAUGCAGGUCAAGGGCCUGCGCAAGCUAUGCGGCAAGCUCAGGGAAGAUAGACUGCUGGCAGUCCAUUCCCGUCUAGAAACGCGCGAGGGCAUGCAACGUCCCAUCACGAAAGACUACUACUACAUCGACUUCCACCUGACCAUUGACGCGAUCAAAUAUCGGAUAUACCGAAUCACCAAAGAAGUCGAGCAAAUGUUCCAACCGACAGAGGAGAAAAAGGACUACUUUUGCCCACGGUGCAAAUCACGGUGGACGCAACUCGAAGUCCUCGACAACCCCGGCCCACUCGGAUUCAACUGCCACAAAUGCGACGGCCCCCUCGAACGGGACGACGACAGCGCCGCUGAGCGAGGCGGGCACGAAAAGCAAAGCCGACUUAUGAGCCAAUUACACGGCAUGCUGAACCUCCUCCAGCAAAUCGACCGCACAGUGAUACCCAACAACGACUUUGACGCGGCGUUCUCCGUUGCGGUUCCCAUUCAGCGCAACCAGAUUGUGAACCCCGUCCGGGCCAUGGCGCCCGCAACUGCCGACGGACGACCAACAUCCGUCAAGGGUCUCGCGCAGACCAGCGGCGCACAGAUCGAAGUCUCCGUGACCACAUCCUCCGAGAGAUCCGCCGCCGAGCAAGCCACCGAAGCGCAACGACGCGCUGCGCUUGCCGAACAGAACGCCCUGCCAGUCUGGCACACCAACUCCACCGUCUCAGGCGAGGCCACGGCGCUGGGCAGCAAGGAAGCCGCAGCACGCAGGGAGCGCGAAUACAACGGCGUCGGAACAGACACCAGCACCCCGCUCAAGGGCGAAGACAUGGACGAGAAGAAGACGGACGACAAGCAGUCUGCCGAACUCGAUGCGUAUUUUGCAGAACUCGAGGCCGAAAGGCAGAAACAAGCGCGCGAAGACCAAGAAGAGGACUCGGACGAAGAAGAAGACGAGGACGAAGACGAGGAAGACGAAUUCGAGGAUGUGCCUGCAGCCUCUGGCCAACCACAACCACAACCACCCACUGCCGCCCCCGCCGCCGCCGCAGUUCCUGCAACAUCUUCUUCUUCUUCUGCUGGUAUUAACGGCGCACAACAGCACGCUUCUCUAGCACAGAACGGCCAGCAGCCCGGCACGGGCUCCUCGUCCUCGGCAGGAAAUAACACCCCUGCCGGCGGUGCUGGCAAUGGAACUGGGCCUGGAUCAACCGCACCCGCAACGUCACAGGAAGCAGCAGAUGGUCCUGCGGCCAAGAAGCCCCGGAUCGACGGGGACAGUGCGAAUUCGUUUACAAGUACGCAGACAGCAGACGGACAAGCAGGUGACCAACCUGCUCCGCCAGCACCAGUCAAGCAGGAAGAAGACUCCGAUGAAGACGACGACGAUGUCGAGUUUGAAGACGUUUGACAUCUGUUUUUUUUUUUUUUUUUUUUUUUUUUUUUUAGUUUCGCUGUGCCCCACGGAUCCCGUCUAUUGUUUUACCGUCCCGAUCUAAUUUGGCCUACGUUAUUAAGGCUUGGGUUAAACGUCUCUUGUCCGAUCGAAACGUCCUGCGCUAUUCAAGCCUUGGUCGAAACGCCUCUUGUCCGAUCAUAUGGUUCCUACGCUAGCCAAGACUUAAAUGACAGGACGGACAGAUCGAGGGAAGGAGGGAGUGAAUAGUUGGGGGAAAAAUCCAAAUU